CCAUAGCCCAUAAAAUUUUGACAUUUGUCUUGUCAUUUGUAUUGUAUGUAUGUAUGUAAUUUGUAAUAAUUUAUUAUUGCAAAAUAUACAACAAACUAGUGUAGAAUUAACGAGUUAAUUUAGUUUUUAACUUCUCCGAUGAGUUACAUAAACGAUUCCUACACCGAAAAUAAUAAAAGGAAAAUUGAUAAAGAUGACACUAGCAUCGAUACAAAAUUCAAGAUACCCAAAAAGAAAAAAGAAGAUACUGAUAGCAGCACUGCAAGUAAUUCACAAUUUGUAUAUAAUGCUGGAAACUCAAUAGCUGAUAACCAAUAUUAUGAAUAUAACAAUAAAUACGAACAAGGGGAAUGGCAGAAUUCGACUGCGUAUCCUUCAGAUUAUAAUAAACUAUAUAAUCUCACUCCUAGUGGUGUAGGACCUAUAACUCAAAAUAUUUGUGAAACCUUAUCUAGUAUUAAGGAAGCACCCAAAAAUUAUCAGAAAGAUAUAUUUAGAGAAAUUGCGCCCGAUACUAGCGAUCCAACACUCCCAAAGGAAUUAAAAAAACAAUUCCAACCCUUAUAUUGUAAACUUUGUACAGCCCACUUAAGUAGUAAUGUAAUGGCAAAACUACAUUACAGAUCGAAAAAUCAUGAAAAAAAGGUAAGAAAGUUCCUAUUGGAUUAUGCUGAAUCCACUAAUACCCCACUGCACAAAAGAGCAACUGUUACUUCGCCUACAAAAGCCGAGAAAGAAGCAGAUCCCAAAUGGUAUCAUUGUGUUGAAUGUGACUUACCAUUGACUGGAAGGAUGCAUGCCGAAUCACAUUAUAUGGGGAAAAACCACCAAAAAGUAGUUAUGGGAUACAAAUUGCCUACGGGUAGUGGACAUUACAAUAAUGAAGGAAAAUGGGUCAGGAAAAGCACAACAAAGGUGGUUCUUAAAGAUGGCGAGGACGGCUUCGGGCAGGAUUUCCGAGAGAAAAAGCCCGAAACUACCAUAAUUUCCACAACUACACCAACUCCCAAAACAUCUCAACCGUCUUCGACUACGGGCAAGUACAAAUGUUCCAUAUGUGACAUCGGGACUACGUGUCAGGAACAGCUGAAUAUUCACUUUCAAGGCCAGAAACACAAAAAGAAGUUGCGUCAGUUAGGAAUAAAUGAUCCUAAUAUCUUAGAAGGGGACUUUACGGAACAUCCGGCAGAUUUACAUUUGUACAGGACGCCAUCAGGUGACUACUACUGUCCGUCUUGUAACAUAACUCUCAGUUCUGGAGUUCAAUUUAAAAUACACAUCAAGGGCAAAUCGCAUUUUAAGAAACAAUCUCAAAAAUCUUAAUGAAGCAUAAACCUUUAUAGUUGAUCGGAGGCUAUCUAAAUAAAAGUCACCUUGUUAAUAUUAUAUAUUUUUUUACGUUUUGUAUAAGUGAUACAAAAAUCAUCAACAUGGUAAAUUAUUUACUUGGUGGGUUAGUCAUGAUUUAAAAUUUUUAUUUUUGCUAUAAGCAAGAUAUCAAUCCUUUAAUAAUAAUUUAUGUAUAAUUAUAACCAAUUUUAUUAACGCAACAUAUUUCGAAUCAAAUAACAAUUAAAAAUAUUUCAAUCGUUUAGUACUGUAUUGUGCGUCUUUUCGAGAAUUAGUGCAGUCGCACAGUUGUUCCAAAUGCUGAAAACGUGGCCACGAGGUAAAAUAAAAAGUCCCUAUUUAGGGGUUUUCAUGUUUACAGUUGUUUUCUCAUACUAUCGUAGAGUCGGAUCUAUUCUUAUUCAUAACUCCAGGGCGCAUAUUUACAGAUGCUCCUAUACUACGGCACCAAAGUGCUGAAAUCGGUUAGCCUUUGAUAUACACUAUUACGCUACAAACCCUCAUUGAUUUCGGCACCUAUUAAAAUAAGACAUCUAUUAAAUUUUGGUGUUUUUAAGUUUUUAUUGCAAUUAAUAUUAUUGUAAGUAUUGUUUAUAUUUCAAUUUAUUGCUUGAAAAUAGGAAUAGAAAAAUGUCUUUUGCAGAGCCAAUUAGCCAGACUUGUUUGUGAUUGAUUGCAGAUUCAUAGUCAUAAAUUUCUUAUUUCAUAACAUAAGUACUACAAUAUUAUUUUUAUAGAUACAUACAUAUGUACAUAUUAUUGCUUUACUUUUAUUUUUUUAUAGAAAUGUCGAAAUUUUUAAUAGAAAUGUCUAAACUGCAAUAAACCUAGCAUAUUAAUUUAAGAAUGUGUUUUUUGACCCUAACCCGAGAAACAAAUAAAACAAAAAUUAUAAAAAAACGCCAUUGAAUAAAAAAGAAAUAAAUAUUUUUUAUUUUUAUUUAUUUAUAGGUACAGAUAUAAUUACUCGUAUACAGUGCGUUCAUAAAGUAUCGCAUAAAUUCAUUAUUAGCUAAAUAAACAACAUUAUUAGAAAUUACCGAAACAGGUCGACUUUUGAUUUUAACUUAUGAUAUUUGGCAUAUAUAUCAUCCGUCUGGACGUGAUGACGUAAUCGAUGAUUUUUUAAAGAAGAAUAGGUUUCUUUCUUUGUUUGUUUUUGAAUCCGUUUGUUUAAUCCGCAAACAUGCAUCAGAAGGUCCAGAGAGACCCACUCACAACUAUCCCCUUAGAAACGUGGAGCAUAAUCUUUAUCUGCCAACCCGACGGUCUGAGCUGGUUAAGUGCUCUAUACUACACAAUUCGAGAAAAAUGCACAAUCACCUGCCAUCUAACAUCAAAUCUAUUACAGCAUUUCCCGCUUUUCGCAAGGCCUUGAAAGCUUAUUUGCUAGAGAGAGCUUUUUAUACAGUGAAUGACUUUUUUAUAAACAAUUUGAAUUCAGCAAAUUGACUUGCAGGAUUAUUACUUUCGAGUACUUUUGUACAUAUUUGCAGCGGCAUAGAACUUUUGAUUUACUUUCCCUUUUCCUUGUUCGCCUUCUUUUUGCUCUGACGUUGUAUACAUAUUGUUUGCAAAAUUUUUAAUUUUUUAAUGUGUACUUAAUAACUGUAAAAUUAUAUUAAGUAGUAUAACUCACGCCAUUUACUUGGUGUCUGUUUCUGUUUUUGUUUUGUUUGUAGUUUUUUAUUAUUUUUAGUUUUUUAUUGUAUUUUUUUAUUUUGUAUAAGCUUUGUCCUGGUAAAAUUUUAUGACAAUAAAGCAUACCUUACUUACUUACUUACUAGGGAUUGUGUGCUAGCUCAUUUGAAAGGCAAUUCAAUUCUCUAUUCAAUAAUAUAAACAUUAACAUAAUUAUUUAUACAGGGUGUCCAAAUUUUUUUUAUUUUCAAUUAAUUGACACAAAAAGACGAAUGUGCGUAAUUUAUUUAAUUCAAAAUACAUUUUACUGCUGUCAUGAAACAGAAAAAAAAUUUAUUUGACAAAUAAACAUUGCUUUUCGCUUAAAUUAAAUGAUCAAACUGUCAAGAGGCUUGUUUUUGGACACCCUGUAUAAAUAAUUAUGUUAAUAUUUAUAUUACUGAAUAGAGAAUUGAAUUGCCUUUCAAAUGAGCUAUCACACGAUCCCUAUUCUUAUUGAAAAAAUCAUCGAUCACGUCCAGAUGGAUGACGUCACUAGAAUGAUAUAUAUGCCAAAAAAUCAUAAAUUAAAACCAAAAAUCGACCUGUUUCGGUAAUUUCUAAUAAUGUUGUUUAUUUAGUUAAUAAUGAAUUUAUGCGUUACUUUAUGGACGCACUGUAUACGAGUAAUUAUAUCUGUACUUAUAAAUAAACAAAAAUAAAAAAAAAUGUUUAUUUGUUUUUUAUUCAUUGGCGUUUUUGUUUUAUUUGUUUCUUGGGUUAGGGUCAAAAAACACAUUCUUAAGUAUGCUAGGUUUAUCGCAGUUUCGACAUUUCUAUUUGAAUACAAUAAAUUGAAAUACCUAUACAAUACUUACAAUAAUAUUAAUUGCAAUAAAAACUUAGGCACGAUAAUUUAAUAGAUGUCUUAUAAUUUAAUAGGUGCCGAAGUCACUGAGGGUUUAUAGCGUGAUAGUGUAUAUCAAAGGCUAACCGAUUUCAGCACUCUGGUGCCGUAGUAUAGGAGCAUUUGUAAAUAUGCCUCCGGGGCAAGUGAGCCAUGUACUACCUUAUUUUGGUCGGCAAAGUCGGAAAGUCAAAAAGAAGCGUAUAUUGAAAACGUUUUGUAGUUUAUCAACUUUAUUGCUGUAAAGCAGAUUCUUCUUUUUCAAAUAUGUAUUAAUGUAAGAUAAAAGUUAACUAAAGAUUCGAUAACAAUAAAUGCAUCAAAUUUGUUAAUGAAUAAACAGUAAAAAUAUACUUGAAAUAAUCAAAAUUUCGUAAAAAAUACAUUCAAAAAGUACAUAGUUCUGCAUAAUUCUGCGAUUAAUGUUUAUCAAUAUCAAAAUGUACAGUCAGAAGAUAAAUAAUCACAUUGGUUUAGCUGCCUAUGCAUUGCUGGAAGUUGUUUGAAUACAAAAAUGUACCUAAGUAAUGUGUGCUAAAUAUUGUACUUCAAAAAGAAAAUGUAUUGGUAAUCAGUUAUUUCAAAAGUCCCUUAUUAUAUAAAAUUUCAAAAAAAUAUGCGUUUAUAAUAUAAGCUUCGAAUUUACUUCGGCCAUAUUGUAUCCGCAAUUUUGUUUUUCGAAAAAAUAAUGUUAGUUUUGUAAUCAGCCACCUUAAACUACCAAAUUCUUUUCGUCACGUUGGAUCUGCCAUUUUGUUUAAAAAAAAAAAAUGUCAGAUAACUAAGGGUCGAAAACUCUUAAGUACGAAAGUAAUUCCGAAGUGUAUGGACAAGAUACCGAAAAAUAUAUGACUUCAGAUCAUUAAAAUUUAUGAGCAAUAAAAUUAUGAAGAAGUGAUAAAGCAAAUAUGAUAACGAAUUCAUCAUCUUCCUGAAAACUCGUAAAAAUGAUAUAUGUAAUAUUUGAUAUAAAUAUCUGAAAAUGGUUAAAAAAAAGAAAUGCAAUGAAUGCAACAGGGUUAAAAAACUCUUUUGACUCUUCAUAGAAUUUUUGAAAGUGGGUUUUUUUCGGAAGCCAUUAGUAAUAUUCAGGGUUGGCUAUUCAGAAGAGUCCAUCCUGAUAUUUGGCAUUAUUAAUUAGAUUGCUGAACUAAGUACUGUGAUUAAAUUACUGUUGUCACAGAAGCGAAAAUUCUUAAGGCCUUGCAAAUUAUGAAGCCUCAGGCAGCAGGAUCCGACAACAUCACGGUCAAAGAACUGCGCAAGGUACCCAUUCGUACCAAAUUGGUUCUCGUCUCUGAUACCAUGCUUCUUUAGGGUGUCACUCCUGAAGUGUUGAAGUCGUGCAUAACGACAAUAAUACCAAAAGGUAACUUGUGCGCCAUAACGGUUUCCUCAGUGCUUGUAAGUGUUUUUUUGUUAAAACUUUUUUAGAGGUAGUAGUUAUAAACUAAGGUUUUAAAAUUACUUCUAGGCUGCAAAGCAUUCCAUUGAAAAAUACAUAGUAAUUUUUAUAAUUAAGGUUUAAUUUGUUUUUCUAUAAAAAACUCUUAGUAUUUUUUAUAUGAGAGUUUGUAUUAAAAACUGUCCAUUAGUUAGAACAAUAAAUCAUCAUCGUUUUAAUAAAACUGAUUAUUUUCCAAUUACAGAGUAUUUUAUUCAGUUUAUCUAUUUAUUAGGGUUUGUAGGUAUAAUAUAAUGUUUCUCCUAAGCGGUACUAGUUUAUCCUGCAGUGUCCGUAUUAAUAUAACAAGAUAAACUAGUUUGGCCUAGGCUGACCUAGUUUAUCCUAUCGCGUUCAACACAAACUAGUUUGGCCUAUGCCAAACUAGUUUAUCCUAUGGCAUCCUGGACAAACUACAUUGGCCUAGGCCAAACUAGUUUAUCCUGAAAUCGGGUUUGACCGGUAACAUAUAUAUUACAUAAUCAUAUAUUUUACGGAAAAAUCCAUUGUCGAAACGUCGAUUUUUGUUUUAAUUUAACCCAAAAGUAAAUGCACAAGGAAGUAAUUUAUAUAAUUAUUUUAGUUCAAAUUAAAUUACUUUUAAAUUCAAUAUUCAGUUGUUGGUGAUUUUUAUAGAUUGCUUCGAAUAUUAUAAAACAUAUGCAUUGUAAAUAGCUUUAAAAAAAGGCAAUGCAUGUAAAGAUAAAAAAUUAAGUAUUUUAUUUAUUAUUAUAAUUAUUAUAUAAAUUGUACUCUUUGUUUCUGUAGGACAAUUACACUAUUUAUUAUUACAUUAUUAUUCUUAUUUGUCUAAAAAUUGAGCCAUAUUAAGACAAAAUUGUCGAAAAAUAUGUGAGGUGGAAUUAAUUUAAAUGAUUGAUCACAAAAUUAAAAGUGAAAUAUCAAUUUGGUUCAAAGAAACCGCAAUUUUACUUUAACUUUUUUGUACGUUAAAUAAAUAUAGUAGAUAAUGUGGUUGUUUUCAUUUGCAAGAUGGACCUUUCGUUAACGCUACUUGUAUCUGUGAAUGACAUCCCACAACUUUGUCUUUAAAUCUAACUAUUACAUUCAAAAUUUGGUAAGAAGUAAUUUGGCUCGAUUUUGAUUAAAGCUUUUAAAAUUAAUUGUAAGUUGAUAUCUACGAUGUAAAUAUAUCUAAAGGUUAGCCAGUAGUACUACUGUUAUAUAGUUUUGUCCAUAUUACGAUUUAACAGGGUAAACAAAUACAUUUUACAAGGCUCCUCA